AUGGCGACGAAAAGCACAGCCACCGUUUCUCCUAAUGAUGUUCUGAGUCCAGACAACUCUGACAACGAAGCCACCCAUUUGAAGCACCUGACCACGUACGAGAAGAUCAAGUUAGCACGGCCCGGGCCCUGUCUCACAGUCAUGAGCAUCCUGAUCGCGACUAUCUGUACGGGCCUCACGAUGCGGCAAGGUAUCGACACAUACCAAAUGGGCCUCAUCUAUAUCGGAGGCAUCCUGGCGACGUUUGUUGGCACCACACUGGCCCAGAUCUACGCUCGUGUCGUUACCGACAGCCAGUACGCUCGUAUCAUCACCGACAGCAGGAGAAAGCCCAGCAGAACUUUGGAGUUCCUGGGUGUAACGACUGCCAUCUGGCAAAGCUCUGGCGGGUUCGCGGGCACGCUCCACGCAGAGAUCGCCUCUACGAUGCCUCAGCCUGUUAAUCUAGGUUUGGCUUGUCGACCCGAGCGGCUGAACUGGACACCUGGCGAGUACCUUCAAACGCAACACAUAAGGCACCAUUAA